AUGGGGAGUAACACAUUGAACACGCGCGAUGUUCUCCAACAGAUCACUGACCUGAUAAACUGCAAUGAUGAUAAAGGGGUGCUGGCUGGUAGUUGGGAUGACUACUCUAACGGAGUGAGCCAGUACCAGGGAGUUUUGCCCACCUCAGUAAAAGCAAUAAAGGAAGGAGAGCUGACCUUAAAGUACGAUGCCCCCUUUGUAUUUGCGGAGGUCAAUGCAGACGUGGUGAGCUGUAUUCAGCGCAAAGACGGCAGCCAGGAGAAGUUGACUUGCACUGAUCAGUCUGCUGUUAAUGUAUCCUGCACGUUUGCAUUUCAGAAGUUGGAUCCCUUCUUCUCAGACCUACGAGAGGCCUCCAACUUGCUGCACAAAGCCAUCCACUUUGAGAGCAACAAACACCUUGACACUGUUCAGGAAGUCCAGCAGUGCAUUCAGGAGCAGAAGACCAUGAUGAUGUCAGUCCUGCAGGAUGCACGAUUGGUUGGCCUGCAGCAGGAGGGUGGAGCUAUGCUUGCCAGGCUGAAGAAGGAGGAGUCUCGAUUAGUUUACUCCGAGGAUUACCGGGAUGCGAUGGACUCCGUGACCAUGCUAUAUAACCAGUUGGAGGAGAGGGUUCACAUGCUGGUGAUGAAAUCCAACAAGGGCCUGCAGCACCUCGACUUUCUGCUCAAACUCCGGGAGCUGGAGGGAAGAUUUAAAAAGAUCAGAGAGUUGUUCGAUGCGGAGGGGGAGAAGCGGUUGCUGGAGGCCGAUUCGGUGGAGGAUUCCCUGGAGAGAGUGGAGCAGACCCUGCACCACUUUAACCAGUUCCUCGACCAGGCCACAGAGCAGCAACACAAGGCUAUGGCACUGGUGACCGAGGCAGAGAAAGUUCAGCGCUCUUCCUAUCCCGAGGCCGAAGUCUUCACGGUGAUGGUGUACACCUUCAAAUCACAACUGGCAGACUUUUUGACGAGGGCAGAGGAAUGCCGGGCUCAGCUUGAGACCAUGGUGAACCUGUACCGCUUCUGUGAGAAGGCUACACAGCUUGUCAAAGACUGUAGACAGUGUCUGGAAAAAGUCAAUCCAUGCAACAGCUCAGCAACCAACCUAGAAAGCUUAAAGACCCUUGAAAAAUACCGCCUGGACUUCACUGCCUUCUCAGCAAAGGAGUUCCAGCAAGUGAAGGUUCACGCUUACAGCCUUAAAGGUUCCAGGGGGACGCGGGAAGUCAGGCAGCAACUUGAGGAAAGGCUGCAGGAUAUACAGGAGGCCCAGCAGCCUACGGUAGCUUCACCCGAGGCUAAGAGGACAGUGCCCGCAGGCCCGGCACUAUUAGCACCCACUACCAGUGAAGACCCUGAGAAUUUAAGACCUGUACAACACCAGCACCCAGUCAAAACUCCCAAAUCUCUGCCUGAAAGAAGAAAAUAUCAUCACAGUGAAAAUGAUUACACAAAUGUAACUUGCUUCAAGUUAAAAUUCAAGCCAGACAGCAAAGACUCAAAGGGGCCUAACCUGAAAAAAGAGGCUGCCCACCAAGCAUCCAGCAAGGCCGAAGAAGUGGCAACUCCAAAGAGCUCCGGGGAAGCCAGCAAAGGCCUGGAUUUCGCACGUGUGUCCUCCCCGACCUGCGAGUGGUUUUCAUGGCAGCAGGACCUGGGUAGGUCCCUCAGUGAGGAGUCCCGCACGUCUUGCUCCCUGUCCUCCCAUUCGGACCCCCUGGCCUCUCCUUCCUCUCGAAAACAAGGUCAACCCUGGAAGAAGAUCCUGGUGGCUGCUCAGCAGUUCCAGAUAUCUCGACACGGCAGCUUCUUCUCUGAAGACUCGUGUUCCAGGCCCAUGGGCGACUGCACCGAUGACCUGACCAGAGUGUCCUCAAUGCCAGCUGCCAGUCCCAGGAUUGCCCAGGCACUGGGAACAGCAGGGGAUCCAGGGCCCAGGGAAGAACCAGGGAAGAACUCCGGGAACUUUUGGAAGCUGCAGUGCAUCAUGGAGGAGCUGCUGCUGACAGAGAGAGACUAUGUGCGCUCGCUGGGGUACAUCAUCACGCACUACUUCCCGGAGAUGGAGCGCCUGGACCUGCCGCAGGACCUGCGGGGCCAGCGAGGACUUAUCUUCGGCAACCUGGAGAAGCUGUACGACUUCCACCGGCACUUCUUCCUCAAGGAGCUGGAGGGCAGCCUCAAAGAGCCUCUGCGCGUGGGCCGAUGCUUUCUCCGACAUAAAGAAAGCUUUGGUCUUUAUGCUUUGUACAGCAAAAACAAACCCCAGUCUGAUGCCCUGCUGAUAAACUAUGCUCACGACUUCUUUAAGAACAAGCAGCUGGAGCUGGGAGAUAAGAUGGACCUGUCAUCAUACCUGCUGAAGCCAGUGCAGAGAAUCAGUAAAUACAACCUGCUGCUUCAGGACAUGGUGAAGGAGUGCGGGCCGGGACGGGGCCGGGAGAGAGCCGAGCUGCAGGCCGCCCUCGAGAUCGUCCGCUUCCAGCUGCGCCAUGGCAACGACCUGCUCGCCAUGGACGACAUCCACGACUAUGACGUGAACAUGAAGGAGCAGGGCCAGCUCAUCCGACAGGACGAAUUCCUUGUGUCCUACAGGAAGAGGAAGUGUUUCCGUCACAUCUUCCUGUUCCAGGAUCUGAUCCUCUUCAGCAAAACCAAAAAGACAGAAGUGGGAAACGACAUAUACCUCUACAAACAGUCCUUCAAGACCUCUGAUAUCGGGAUGACCCACAACGCUGGAGACAGUGGGCUGUGCUUCGAGAUCUGGUUCAGGCGGAGGAAAUCCCAGGACACCUACACCUUCCAGGCAGCCUCAGCUGAGGUGAAGGACGCCUGGACCAAGGAUCUGGAGAGGAUCCUGUGGGAACAAGCCCUCCGCAACAGAGAAAUCCGGAUGCAGGAGAGGGUGUUCAUGGGAAUCGGCAGCAAACCCUUUAUAGACAUCGAACACAGCGAGGCGGCCAUCAGUGACAGGGCUAUCAACUGCAUCCCAGCAGGAAAAGAAUGUAAAACACUGCCUCCUGCAAUUCUCCCCGCCUCCUAUGAACACCUUCUAUCUCAGAGACCAAACUCAAUUGGCUCAGGAAGCAGCGUGUCAUCUUCUGGCAGCCACUCCUCGUCCUCCUCAGGGCGGGGGUCCCUCCCCCCCCACGGUUAUCACUACAGCCAAUCCCGGCAAGGCGAGGCCAGCCGGGGCUUCUACAGAGCGCUGGGCGGAUUGGAGGAGGAUGAGCUGGACAAUGAAGCUGAGCCCCUCCAUCUCCUGUUGGACAGCUCAGAGUCCUCUGGUGAGAGCAUCAGUGGCUUCAGCAGCUCGGAUAACAGCUGCCUCUCUGUGGUUGGAGGAGAGGCCGAAGAGACCUCCUCCGUCUCCUCCCUGUGCUCCAAACCAAGCUCCUUGCCCGAGCCCCAGCAUGACUUAAUAAGACAAGCCCCUCCCCUGUACUACAAACCCAGGUCCUUCUCCGCCACAAGUCCAGAGGCAAAGACAGCGGCACAGCACGCUGGGACGAAUAAGCCUGACGGUGCUCUAAGUGGCCACUCCACAGAGGUGUGAUGGGAGCAGUGUGAGGGCAGAACUGCAGACAGCAAUGCUGGAUGAAGAAUCUGGAGGUGGAAGACACAGAAAACAGGAGGCUACAUUUCUGCAGUACCCUGACAUAGUCACGUACUGUAUACCGUACACACGUAUCUACAAGAGAGUUCCUGUACUGUCUCACUGUAAUGUAUGCUGCAUUUGUUUUCAUGUCCGUGGCGCUUGUUUGGAAUUAUCUGGAGGGCGUUGGGGUCAAUGUCUUUAGCCCACCAAUAGCAGGUAUGGAAACUUGCUUUCCCUCCAGAAGACAUUUACUGUACCUGAAGGAUGGGUGAGUGAGCAGAGCAGCUAAAUCCUGAGCUGCUGUCUGCUUAUUCCACAGUCAGAUUAAACCAUGCUAGUGCUUAAAGGCUCCAGUGCAAAGCUUACUCAACUUUACAAUGUGGAAUAAAACAAACAAAAAAAAGUGAAAUGCAUUCUUCAGUCGGGUAUUAUGAUAUUCUUAAAUGAAUGCUUCAUCUGGACUCUACUCUUACAUUCAAAUUUAUCAUGGAACAUGGAUUUCCUUUUGGAAAAGUGUAGCUGUUGCAUGGUAAAAAUAAAUAAUGGCUUUCACAUCUUUAACAGCAUUUCUUUGUAUAUAGAGAGAGUUUGGUGUAUUUGCAUACAUUUUAACUAUUAGAAUUAGGAACCAGUACUAUGUUUUUCAGUAUUUUGUGAGAUGUCACUAUAAUCAAGUUUUAGAGUAAGCACUUGGUUACAGUGGAUAAACAGUAUACCGACAUGAACCCUCUUACUGUGGGCAAACCCAAUCUUACACAUCUUUGAGCCACUGUUUGUGUAACAAAUUCCACUUUGUCUAAACUUGUGGUCAAUCAUUUCAAAAGAGCUGUGGGUUUUUUUGCAUAGUAUUUCUUAGUAAUGGAUUCUAGGUUUCUGUUAGUUUUUUUUGGUCUGAUCCCUAACAGUUUGCAGGUUAGUGAUCAGAGCUUGGGCAUAGUGAGAAUCCUGGCCAGUGUUUUUCCCUAUUGUGUAUUUUUGAAACAGAAUUUCUGUUUACAGUACAAUUUCUGAAGUUAUUUUUUUCUUUUUUUAUCAUUACAUUUGUACUUUUAUCAAAUAUCCAAGACUCAGAAAACCCUGCUUUUUGAUUUAAAAAAAGUUUUAAAAAAAUGUAAAAAUAAAAUGGGCUAGUGCGUUUUUGUUUCUUUUUUUGUUUCUUUUUUUAAAACAGAAAUACAUUAAAGUUUUUAGUGGAUCAAUUGCUAUUUAAGGCAGAUUCUAUUGAUGCAUGUUUUUAUUAAAUCCAAACCCACUCAUUUUAUAUUGAUUACAAACACUGCUGUUCUUGAAAAUCAACCAGAAAAUACAAAAUGUAAAAAAAAAUAAAUAAAUAACACACAUGAACUGAAACAAUUAAAACAGCAUUUGAAACUAAAACAUUUUUCAAAAUCUCUCUCUUUUUUUAUAAUACUUAUCUCUUCCAUUGAAGGGAUCUACUGAAAUUGACCACUAUUACAACAUAGGUGAAAGGAAUUACCAAUCGAUGCCCUUCUUAACUCUUGGGGGUGCUUUUUUUCCCCCUGGUUAUUCAAAGCUAAUGUGAUUACUUGAGGGAUGUUCAAUAAAAAAAAAGCUGUAUUAUUGUCUAUAGUGACAUUCUAUGUGUUUUUAAAUAGAACCAACAUGAACACCUAACGCAAUCUGAAAAAAAAAACCCAAAACUUUAUAGCAAAUUGCUGAUCAGCAGGUCUAAGAACUUUCUAACAUACAUGGAAGCUAUAGAAAAAUAUGUUUAAAAUAUAGCCACUUUUGGCAGUGCUAGUACGUACAGUUUAUUUUUUUUUUUUAAUAUUAUUUCUGACAGUAUUGCAGCAAGUGAAUGGCUAAGGAAAAGGAAGAAAAAACAACGAGGUCUUCAGCAAUGUCACCACACUGUAAAUGUCUUGUUAAUUUUUUUCCUCUUUUCUCAAAUGGUCAAUCGGGUAACAAAGUUCUUCUGGGCCCAAUUUUUGUUUUAUAUAAAUCACCGAUAUAACGUUUUUUAAAUAAAUUUGAUUACAGACUAAUGUACUGUAAAGGGGCGACACGCAGACAAUGAUGGCAGCCUUUUCUUUAAGCAACUCCUUUUUGUGUGCAUUAGCAAAGAAUGCAGAUUUUAUAUGCAUCAUUUGGGAUUGCACUGGAAAGGACUACAGUACUAUUAUAGAACCAGACUGUGAUAAACUGCGCUCUGAAAACUACAGAACACUGAGUAAAGAAGACACUGUCUUCACAAUAUCGGGGUUCUAUCACAGUUGGCUAAUGGUCUGAAAUGCUACAGUUCCUCAUUUAGAUGUGCCUGUAUUUUCUCUGUAUGAUUCAAUGUAUGUUCAGGUUCAAUGAUCCUAAAGGUUGUAUUACAUGUAUGUGGUACCUAUUGUUCUGAUUGGGUCCCUUCCUCUGAGUGGUGGAGUUGUAUGUUGUCCUCAUGUCAUUUCUCAGACCCAUAUUUAUUGAAAUUGCUUUCUUGCUUGUUGUGUAGAGAUCGGGCUGCUUCUGGUUCAGUUUUCCCCUCGGAAUAAAAAAUGGGUUUAUGCAAAUGCUUGAAAUGCAAAAUAAAAAUGAAAAAGUAAAACAAAAUAAUGAUCUUGACUUGUGGUGUGUUUUUUUUUUAAUGUUAUUAUUAUUUAUUUUAUUUUUAACGGUAUUAUAUAUUCUCUCUAAACCAGUGUGCAUAAAUAUGUCACUUGUUUAGCGGCUCAAAGUUCACAUUCUGACUAGUUUCACAAUUCUCAUCCGCCUGUACACAUGCUUGAUUUCGAUUAAGCAUGUGUCCACUCUGUAUUACUCAGGUGCAGCUGCAUUUAGUAACAAUAGCGGCUGGUUGAAUUGUUUUCAGUGUUUGACAGAGUCAUCUGUGUAUUGUUUCUCAGAUAAUAAAAAAAAAUAUAUAUAUAUAUAUAUAUAUAAAUUUCUUGUUUGCAAAAGAAAAUCAAAGGAAGAAAAAACACACGAGUCUACAGAAAGUGACAAAGUUAUCCUUGGGAUCUUUUAUUAUUAUAGCUUCAAUAAAUCAUUUUCUAGUUAUCCUGAGGUUAAUGUUUUUGAUGUUGUAAACAUUUUAAAUGGCUCACAGUUAUACGGAGAUGCAAAGUAAAUGGUAACGUGGUAAACAUUUACAGUGCAGACUAUUUUGGAUUAUUGAUAAAAUAAAAAGAGAAUAUGUGCAUUUCCAAAGAGAUUCCCAAAUACUGCCUUUUGAUUAUGUGCAUCUAAAGACGUAAUUAGUUUAAGUUAAGUUAGUUUAAAUUAAGUUUGAAGACUUAUUUUUUUGGUAUACUGUCCUAAACCAACAGUUUGUCAGUCCAAAACAGUUGUGACAAAUUAUAUAUUAAAUAAACAAGGGGAACAGAAAUAU